CACAUUGUUGUGAGGAUCAACGACGACAGACAGUCUGUCAUGCAUAUAUGCUCUCAUUUUUCCUCCACCGAAAGUUCAUCAGGAAUAGCCUAAUAGGGAUAGAAUAAAGCUACAAACACGGAAUCACUGCUUUUCCUCUUCAAGUAUUCUUCUUGUCCUGCCCCCUUUUACAUGACAAACAGUUGCUUGGAACCAAAGAAAGCAGCAUAGAUGGGUUGUUUCAGUUUCCGCAGCUCCAAAGCCUCGUCUCCCAUGAAAGGUUCCUCCUCGGGAGGUUUUUCUGCAUACCCAGAACCCAAAAACACCAGACAGGAGGUUCUUGUGCGGAUCCCAGCAGGAUGCAGAGUUCAUCUGAUGGAAGAAGGAGAAGCUGUAGAGCUCGCAAGCGGCGAGUUCACGCUUGUUCGAAUCUCCGACGACAAUGUUUCUCUUGCCACCAUCGUAAGGGUUGGCGAGGAUCUACAGUGGCCUUUGACAAAAGAUGAGCCGGUUGUGAAGCUUAACGCUCUCCACUAUUUAUUCACUUUGCCGAUGAAAGAUGGCGAUCCUCUCAGCUAUGGAGUCACUUUUUCCGAGCAGUCUGAAGGUAGCAGCCUGGGUUCUCUGGACUCGUUUUUGAAGGACCACUCGUGCUUUUCGUGUCCGGCGUCGUCUAGAAACAAAAAUACCGAUUGGAAAGAGUUUGCUCCCAGGAUGGAUGAUUAUAAUAAUAUGUUGGCCAGAGCAAUUGCAGGGGGGACUGGUCAGAUUGUCAGGGGGAUCUUCAUAUGUAGCAAUGCUUACAUCAAUCAGGUCCAAAAAGGAGGAGAAAUGAUUCUAAUCAAUGCUGCAGAGGAGAAAAAUGGUGCCAUGGCAAGAAAAAGUAAGAGCAACACCACAAGUACUGGUCCCACAAAGAAGAGCGGAAGCAACAAAGGCUUAAAACGAGUGAGAAAGAUGUCCAAGAUGACAGAAAAGAUAAGCAAAUCCAUGCUUGAUGGUAUUAGCUUUGCCACUGGAACAGUGAUGAAACCCGUGGUUAAUUCCCAAGCGGGGAAGGCAUUCCUUAACAUGGUUCCAGGAGAGAUCAUCUUAGCUUCACUCGAUGCUGUCAACAAGGUGCUGGAUGCAGCUGAAGUUGCUGAGAAACAAGCUUUUUCUGCCACCACCAGUGCUACAACUAGAAUGGUCUCAAACAGGUUCGGGGAAAGUGCAGGGGAGGCCACAGGGGAGGUGAUUGCAACUGCAGGGCACUGUUGCGGCAUAGCUUGGAAUGUUUUCAAGAUACGGAAGGCCAUCAAUCCAGCAUCAUCUGUCACCACGGGAGUACUCAUGAAUACUACUGCAAAGGACAGAAGCAGAAAAUAUUAAGAUUUAAGGGCCAACAACAAUAUGUGAAGCAAUGCCUUAAUUGUCAUUUGUUUGCAACUCAGAAUUAAUGUUUUUUUUUUGGUUCUUUCCCAUAUGGCUGGUAAUGAAUGGUAUGUGUGCAAUUGUGCCUCUUGUUCUU